CACACUGGGGAUGAGAUGAGAUGAGAUGAGAUGCACACUGCACUGAGCCCGUUUGAACACAGAUCUCCGCUCACCAUUGGUUAGACACGUGUCUGGGGCGUUUCACUGGGGCUGCCCGGUUGUGUCCGGGUAAGAUGGCGUUGGAGGAGCAGUGCUCGGCACCACUUCGAUGGCGGUCCAUAUCUCUGACACACGUAGAGUUCCCCGAGGAUGAUCUGACCGGGCGAAUGCUGGCCUACAUCAGUCUGCUACCCAUAGCAAUUAUUGUGGGUUUCGUAACGCUCAUAGUGUUUAAACGGGAGCUGCACACGAUUUCCUUCUUUGGUGGUGUCAUCCUGAACGAAGGGGUGAACUGGGUCCUGAAGCACAUUCUCAGAGAACCACGCCCCUGUGCAGGGUCCCACACAAACCUGCCCUCAGAAUAUGGGAUGCCCUCCAGUCAUUCCCAGCUUAUCUGGUUCUUUGUUGUUUACUUCUUUCUUUUCCUUUAUUUAAGAAUGCAUCAAACGAACAAUGCUCGGUGUGUGGACCUGCUGUGGAGACACAUACUGUCCAUCAUCCUGUUGGGCAUGGCCUUAUCAGUUUCAUACAGCAGAGUCUACCUGUUGUAUCACACCUGGAGCCAGGUUGUCUAUGGUGGAGUGGCCGGUACUACAAUUGGUAUAAUCUGGUUCUUUUUCACACAAGAGGUGCUGACACCGUUAUUCCCCAAAAUAGCAGCAUGGCCAAUAUCAGAGUACUUCCUGGUACGAGACACAAGCCUGAUCCCCAACAUCUUAUGGUUUGAGUAUACAGUGACCAGAUCAGAGGCAAGGAACAGACAACGUAAGCUUGGAACAAAACUACAGUGAUCUACACAGUUCUUUGAAACUGAGUUUAGGACCACACACACACACACACACACACACACACACGCACAUUCUAAUGUACACACACAAACAUAUGCUCAUUUGACAAACACACUGGAGAACCCCAUCUUUUCUGGACUUUUCUGGACAUGGUUGCAAGGAGCAAAGGGCAGAACCCGUUUACAGGUGGUGAAAGAGUGCCUGGACCUGGCCCGGAGCCUGCAGCCGGUGCAAGUCCCUCCACACGCCUCUCCUCCUUGUACAGCUUGCCCAAAAUGUUCUUUGAUGCAUGCAAGACUGUGCAAGAGGCAUACUAUUUAAUGAUAGAUUAAUAUAUAUAUUUUAACUAUAAACGCACGCUGACAGUAAUAGUGUACUGGAAGAGAUUCGAGGAGGCUUUGGUGAAGUUUCAAAAAAUUGGUGGGUGUCAUUACAGCAUGUAUUUAGUGAUUCCUUUUUUUUUUUUUUUUUUAAUUGAUGGAUAGUCGGUGGGACACGGGGCAGGGGUUUAUGGCAUGGUUGGGGGUAUGUAGACUUAACCAUUUUUCAUUGUUGAACCAUUUCUAAAAUUGGUUAUGAUGUAAUAUAAAUGAAAAUUUGCACUUUGAAAUUUACAAGUCGAAAGAAAACGACUAACACUAGUUACACGUUGAGACCCUCCUCCCCCUUUUCUCUCAUCAGUCUUUGCUUUGUGUCUAUGACUGUCAGUCCUAAUCUAUUAGACUCCAAUGCUGAUCUGCAAGCAAUGUAAAUUCGGUGUACCUUUUGUACUAUUGAGGUUGUGGUUUCUGUUCAUAUCCACUUUGAGGAUAAUGAGACUGACUCACAGCAGGUUUCAGUUGUUGCUGAUCACAACGUGGACUGAGGUGGUGUUUUCUUAAGGUCUCGCACACAGUAGCAGCCUGGGAACAGACUUCUGGGAAUCUGUUUUCCUUUUUAUAUUCCAUUUCUUAUCUUGUUUUCUGCUGUUGCAGAAAAGUUUCUUUUUAAUUGCUUUUCCAAGAUAACAUUCCAUAUCAUUUAGGGAGAGAACUUACAUAAUGACUGCUGAGGGGAUACGUUUUCUUUUUGAAGAAAGGACAAAAAAAAAAGCCUCAGGUCAGUCGUAGCAUGUGAUUAUAUGCUUAAUUCCAGCCAUGGCAGCUUAUGUUGAAAGCUGUCAAGUGGAGAUCUGAAGCUGAUUUAAAACUCAUUAUUAGCUCCACAAAGGGAAGUAGCUCUCUUGGAAUAUGUUUUUUUUCAUGUGUAACCUAUAUCAGGCUGAAUAAAAAUGUGUUUAUGU